UGUGGUGAUAAUACAGAAUUUUCAUUUUAGUUUUACAGUGCGAUUUUGCAUGGUUGUUAGGUUAUAGAAAUUUUCUAUUAUUUGUCAAAAACAAAAAUAAUGAAAAUUUUUCUACAUCAGAACCAAUUAUAUACAUAAUUUUGUGUGAUCAAAACAAUAUAAAUAAGAAUAAAAAUGUGUUAAAAUAAGUGUAAAAUAAAAUUGAAAAAAAAAAUGAAUAAUCAAGAUACUAUUGACAAUCGAAUAUUACGCCAAACUAAAAGUCGUGUUGCUCGAUGUUUAUUUGAAGCGGGUGCAUAUAAUAAUUCUGGUACUUACGAUCGUUUUAUACCGUCCAGAGCGAAUAAUACAUGGGAAACAAGUUUUGCCUUGUCUGUUGAUUCUAAUAAAAAUUCGGGCUCGAAAAAAGUUCGUGAAAAUGGUGACAAUACAAGAGAUAAUUCAGUUUAUGGAUGUUUAUUAAAAAAUGAAAUAUUAGGUGAUGACAUCGAAGAUGUGAAAACACAAUGUGAAGAUCGACAAGCGUUAACGCCUGUUAAAAAUUUAUAUAAAUAUGGCACACCCUCGAAAAAGGAUUCAUACAUAAAAGAUGCAUGUACACCAUACUCAUUAUCACCGCUUAGUGUAUCCAGUCAACGAUUACUUCGAUCACCACACAAAGCUACUAGAAAAAUAUCUCGAAUACCUUUUAAAGUUCUAGAUGCACCAGAACUGCAAGAUGAUUUCUAUUUAAAUUUAGUCGAUUGGUCAAUGCAAAAUGUAUUAAGUGUUGGUUUAGGAAGUUGUGUAUAUUUAUGGUCAGCCUGUACUAGUCAAGUAACCCGUUUAUGUGAUUUAUCAAGUGAUGGAAAUGCGGUUACAUCGGUUGCGUGGAGUGAACGUGGACAUUUAGUCGCUGUUGGAACUCAUCAUGGUUAUGUUACCGUUUGGGAUGUGGCCGUAAAUAAACAAGUUAAUAAAUUACAAGGUCAUUCAGCACGUGUGGGAGCAUUAGCAUGGAAUGGAGAUGUAUUAUCAUCCGGUAGCCGUGAUCGGCUUAUUUUACAACGGGAUACUCGAACACCAAGUACAAUAACAGAACGAAGGCUGGUUGGACAUCGUCAAGAAGUUUGUGGUUUAAAAUGGUCACCAGAUAAUCAAUACUUAGCAUCGGGUGGCAAUGAUAAUCGAUUGUAUGUCUGGAACAUGCAAUCAUUAUCGCCUGUUCAAACUUACACCGAUCAUUUGGCUGCUGUAAAAGCAAUCGCAUGGUCACCGCAUCAUCAUGGUUUAUUAGCAUCCGGUGGAGGAACCGCAGAUCGUUGUAUAAGAUUUUGGAACACUUUAACUGGUCAACCAAUGCAAUGUGUCGAUACAGGUUCACAAGUAUGUAAUCUGGCAUGGUCAAAACAUAGUUCAGAAUUAGUAUCAACACAUGGUUACUCACAAAAUCAAAUACUUGUAUGGAAAUAUCCAAGUUUAGCACAAGUUGCAAAAUUAACAGGACAUUCGUAUCGUGUUCUAUACUUAGCAUUAUCACCAGAUGGUGAAGCAAUAGUUACAGGUGCUGGUGAUGAAACAUUACGAUUUUGGAAUGUAUUUUCAAAAGUUCGUUCUCAAAAGGAAACUAGAUCAGUGUUAAGUUUAUACACGGGCAUACGAUAAGGCCAAAUAAAAAAACAAUAAUUUAUGUAAAUAUUUUUUGAAUUGUAAUAUAUUUUCAUUUAUUAUCGUAUUGUAAUUCGUACUGUAAUUCAAAUAACUUUUCGAUCUGUAAUAUAUCUGUGUAAAAUAGCAGAGGUAUCGAGAUUUUUUGAAUAAUUUUUUUUGAGUGAUCUAAGAUUAUAUUUUUAAAUCGAAAAUUUUUUCCCACCGUAACGUAUAUUUUAAUCGUAUAAAUCAAAUAAUUUCCUAUUCUAAAACUAGGAAAAAUUUGUACUA